CUUUGUCUCUCCCCUUUACUUGACGAUCAACCCAAAUUGCGGAGAAGGUGAUCACAUCAAGAAUAAAAUCUCCGAUUUAUUACUUCUCUCUACCUUCAUCUUCAGCCCAUUCCGUUAUUUCUUGACAGUCUGCACAGACACUUUUUCGCAUUUUCAUCUUCCGGCUUCCUCUCAAAUCAUUUACGCCGCUCAAAGCGGAUUCCGAGAAAACGCAAAGAUCGUUGGCAAGCUAAUUUGACAAUUUAUUGGUUUGGAGCAAGUGUCAGUUGCUAAAGUUACUCAGAAGAAAGUUUAAAUCGUGGAGCACGAUACUGGAUAAAUAUGUCCCUCGUUUCUCAGGUUGGUCUGUUAGCCUAACUUUGGCUAUCUGAGGUCUGAAACGUCAUACUUUUGGUUCAACGGCAACACCCACACGUAACUAUCAAAUUUGGAUGCCUGGAACAUGUCGAAAGCUGCAACAAUGAAACCAUCAAGAGGGCUCGGAUUGGGAGGCGGUUGGCUUUCAAUGGCACCGCAAACUGAUAAUACACCUUAUAGGCCUCAGCCUGUAGCCAUUGUGGACGAACAGAGGGAAACCAAUCAACAACCUCCAUCCGGACCUUCGUCUGAUCAAAAUUCUCCCGUCAUUCCACCUCAUCGUUCUAAACAUGGAGGAUUACAGCCUCAGCCAUCUUCAUCCUCUUCGUCUCACGCUAUUAAAGCAGAAAGUGUACACGCAAAACAAGAGCUCGUAUCACCUCAAUCACAAUCCACAGGACCAUCUGCACUUCCACGCAGAUUGAUUCCUCGGACGAAUGCUAGGUUCAGUGUGGGGGAUUCUACCUCCCAGCCUGCUACACCAGCUUCUCCUGCUCCUUCAAGUCCACCACUCUCUCCUGGUUCUGGAGAUGGUGAUCAAUCGCCUGCAGCUUUUGAUGUUCGGGAUAGCUUUGCCCCUAUGCAAUGGAGUAAAGCUGUUGGUUCUACUGUUCCAUCCUCUUCUAGGAGGACAUCACAGACUGAUGGGGAAGGUAAGUCAGGAAAUCGUCUGCAGCAGGGACAACGGACUGGAAUGGUAGCCAAGCACAAAGCUGAUGUGAUCGUAGAGGAUCACGACGACGAGUCUGAUGGUGAACGGGUAGAAUAUGCAGGUAGGAAAUGGAGAGGAAAGACGGCGAAUGCAAUCGAACAAGAGAUGGAAGCAUUAGGGGAUAGAACUGUGAUGAGUUAUGCACCGGAUGCAGUAUACCUUGCCAGCAGGUUGGAAGGAUUACGUAGGAAUCUGGAAGCUGGAGGAGACCGAUUCAGACGCUGGGCAUGGGAAGACUAUGACCAGAUUGAAGCACAUGGGGACAUUGACGGAGAUCAUGAAAUGGAGGGAACAGAUGUUGUCAUUGCUUCGGCUGCAAAGAAAUUAUCACAAGAAGUUGAGUCUCAGUCCGUCAAUGCUCUGCGUCAUUCUUCGGCGCAAGCGUCAUACCACGCCUCACCUGCAAGAUCUGCUCUUCUCAGCUCAUCAAUUCUCAGUCCAGUACAAGAGGUUCCUGCCGAUCCAAUGUCAACUUCUUCAGUUCAAUAUGGUCAAGAUAUUGCACAAGCCGGACCAUCACAUACUGCUGCAGGCGACGUAGAUAGAGCAGCAAAGGAGGCCGCCCUUGAUGCACGAGUAGAGAUUCGUACUCUGCGUAGACCGGAUUUGGAACAAGUUCGGGAAUUGCAUUGUUAUCAUGGCGAUGGAGAUAAGGUGAGUAAUUCGUUUGUGUUUUCUUUUCCCCUUUUUCCUUGUUUUCUUCUUUUUCUUCAUAUCAUCAAGACUACUGGGUAUUGGUUUCCUUACGAAGUUUCGAUUGUUCUUGAAUACCCUUGGUAGGAUAUCUUUGUCGAUUUGCAAACACAUCAUGUGCCGCUGGCUGCAAUCUUUACUACUCCUACAAAUACGCCAGCUGUUGUGCGAUCGAAAGAGUCAUCAAGGAGAACAAGCACAAGUGCAGAAGAAGUACAAGAGCGUCAAGAGGAGGACAGAGAAGCAAUGGAGCACAAUUACAACUUUACCAUUAUGAGGAACCGCUUGUUCGACGUGUAGAGAUGGAGCUGGAUUUCUAUAUACUUUUUACGACUACCUUUGACAUCUUUGGCAUUCCUUUUGGUGCUCCUUUUCGACACAUCUCUUACAUUCCCACCAUCAAAUCUUCCUCUCCUCCUUCUCUCCUCAUUUCAACAGGUUGAUACAGACACAUACACCACAAGCGCCGCAUUCUUACUACGUCUACUUGUUGAUGAGCAUUAUGUUUGCCUCGUUGCAGUGGCUAAACCCUUACCAGAGCCACCAGCGUUACCGAGGACAAUGUCUC